UAUUUAGUAAAAAUGCAAUAAAUGGAAGGCGAGCACUAGAGAGAGCGGCACAAGAGUGAUAAAAAGGGGUCCAGAGCAGCUGCCAGGAUAGCCAGGAUAGCCAGUACUGCCAGGAUCGUGUUGUGCUGCUGUGUUGUGUUGGCCAAGCCGAGUUGCUGCUGCUGCUGGCUGGCCGAAAAAGGAGCAAACAAAAGUCGAGGCGAUGCCAAGCAGCAAUCAACGUCAUAAGCAGGAGCAGCAGCAGGACCAGAAGCCGAAGCCCAAGCAGGAACAGAAACAAACACCAGAACACGGACCGGAACAGGACCACCACGACCGUGGACGGAGUUAUUGUGGUGGCACCGCCAAGCCGCCGCCGCAGCAGCAUAAGCAUCAGGAUCCACAUCCACUGUAGGGACAGCCACCUAGCCACCUAGCCACCUAACCACUUAGCCACCCAGUCACCUAGCCCACCCACCACAUCUACCCAUAUCCUUAGCAAACAAGAGGAGCUGCUGGCAUCACAAGGCAAAAGCAACAGCAGAAGUAGACGCAGAAGCAACAGCAAAAGCCAAAGCAAAACAACUCUCGCUUUGAGGACCUCAAGAAAACCAAUUUACAUAUUUAAGCUUUGGGCAAACGCAAAGCGUAGCAGCAACUAGGAGCAAUCAAUAGGAGCUGGAAAAAAGCAGAGAGAGUGCCUCUGGGAAGAAGGACCUAACCAGAGACCAGGCCAGACCAGACCAGACCAGACCAGACCAGGCAUCCUCACCCGCAUCCGCAUCCGCUGAAUCAAAGGCCAGUUAGCCGAGGCAGCACAGCCAGAAUGCGACUGCCAUACCGAAAUAAGAAGGUCACCCUGUGGGUGCUCUUCGGCAUCAUCGUCAUCACUAUGUUCCUUUUCAAAUUCACCGAGCUGCGGCCCACAUGCCUCUUCAAGGUGGACGCCACCAACGAGCUGGCCUCCCAAAUGGUACGCGUUGAGAAAUACCUCACAGAUGACAAUCAACGCGUUUAUUCAUACAACCGUGAGAUGCCAUUAAUAUUCAUAGGCGGCGUGCCCAGAUCUGGGACGACUUUGAUGCGCGCCAUGCUGGAUGCCCAUCCCGAUGUGCGCUGCGGGCAGGAAACACGCGUCAUUCCGCGCAUCCUGCAACUGCGCUCGCACUGGCUAAAGUCCGAGAAGGAGUCGCUCCGCCUGCAGGAGGCCGGCAUCACCAAAGAGGUCAUGAACAGUGCCAUCGCGCAGUUUUGUCUGGAAAUCAUCGCCAAGCACGGCGAACCGGCGCCGCGUUUAUGCAACAAGGAUCCGUUGACGCUAAAAAUGGGCUCCUAUGUCAUCGAGCUAUUUCCGAACGCGAAAUUCCUAUUCAUGGUGCGCGACGGCCGGGCGACAGUUCAUUCGAUUAUAUCGCGCAAGGUGACAAUCACCGGCUUCGAUUUGAGCAGCUACCGCCAGUGCAUGCAGAAGUGGAACCACGCCAUCGAGGUGAUGCACGAGCAGUGCCGGGACAUUGGCAAGGACCGCUGUAUGAUGGUCUACUAUGAACAGCUGGUCCUGCAUCCGGAGGAGUGGAUGCGCAAGAUCCUGAAAUUCCUGGACGUGCCAUGGAACGAUGCGGUGCUGCACCACGAGGAGUUCAUCAACAAGCCCAAUGGCGUGCCGCUGUCCAAGGUGGAACGGUCGUCGGACCAGGUGAUCAAGCCGGUGAACCUGGAGGCGAUGUCCAAGUGGGUGGGCCAGAUACCCGACGACGUGGUGCGCGACAUGGCCGACAUAGCGCCCAUGCUGUCCGUGCUCGGCUACGAUCCGUAUGCGAAUCCGCCGGACUAUGGUAAGCCCGAUGCAUGGGUGCAGGACAACACGUCGAAGCUAAAGGCCAAUCGAAUGCUGUGGGAGAGUAAGGCCAAGCAAGUGCUGCACAUGUCCAGCGAGGAUGACAACUUCAACACCAUCAUCAACAAUAGCAACAAUAAGGAUAACAGCAAUAAUAAGUACACAAUCAAUAAAAUUAUACCAGAACAACACAGCAGACAGCGGCAACAUGCACAUCAGCAGCAGCAACAUCUGCAACAGCAGCAGCAACAAGAGCAUGGGCAACAUGAACAACAUGAGCAACAUGAGCAACAAGAGCAAAAUGAGGAGGAGACCGAGUCGGAAAGGGAAGCGGAACCGGAUAAAGAGCAACAAUUGUUGCAUCAAAAGCCAAAGGACGUCAUUACGAUAAAGCAGCUGCCAUUAGCCGGCAUCAACAAUAGAGAGGACCCCAUGGCGGAUACAUGAUAUCCGCACAUACCCAUAAGACUGCCGCGUGGCAAGCAUUGAACAUGGAACCUGGAACUUGAAACCUGGAACCUAGAACCUGGAACCUGAGACCCGGGACCUUGGCUGCCGAUAAGGAUAACGAUAAUGAUAACUGUUGCAUUGCUGCUACUGCUGCUGCUGGAAACCCAAUUUUAAAUUGUAUUAGCUGGGACAUUUACACGCUUGAAAUGUGUAUAUGCAUAUGUUGUAUUUGUAUUAAUGCUUCUUAUAGUUACCAAAAAAAAAACACAAAACACAAAAAACAAAACAAA